CUCGCUCUCUCAGCGCACUGGAGCGCAGCCCAGCGUCCGGAGCGGAGGCCGGGGGUGGGGCGACGCGGCGACGCGGCGACGCGGCCCCGGGCGGCGGGCACCGGUCUAGUUGGAGGCGGCUGUGUCCGGCCUGGGUGUCCGCCUGUCGCGCUCGCCGCCGCCUGCUCCUAUGGGGUCUUUGCAAGGGGCUGACCCGCAGGCUGCUCAUCUUCUUUGACCUGGCCUGGCGGCUGCGCGUCAACUUCCCCUACGUCCACAUCGUGGCUUCCAUGAUGCUCAACGUCCGUCUGCAGGUUCAUACUGAGAUCCAUUCUGCUGACUGGCAAAGGCGUGUCGUCAGGCUACCACACCACAGAACACGCAGCAUGAGGGACAGAGUAGGGGCUCUGGGGGGCUACCUCGGGAAGGUGAAGGGGGCAGGGGAGGACUCAGACAAGCUGCUAUGUGGCCUUGAAGGAGCACAGGGGGAGCGCCCGUGCCCGAACUCCUGGAUGCAUACGCCCUGCGUUCAAGUAGAUGGAAAUUCACAAAAUGAGUUAUCAACGGAAAUGAAGAAUGCUGAGGUCAACCUCUCGCUUCACAAUGGCAACAAAGCGCUUCCAUGUUUGAAAGAAUCAUUAAGAAGUUCAGCUUCCACAGGGGCCUAAAGCAAGACUGUGGAUCUGUCCUGUGCUCCUACAGGAGAGCAUCGUGCUGGGGUCUCCUGUGGUGGUGUGGUGGUGGUGGUGGUGGUGGUGGCUCUGGUGAGGGGCUGGCCGGGAGGAGGGCCCAGGGCCAGCGAGCACAGAGGAUCGUGCCACAAAGGAGAACCUUGGGGGUCAGGACUACCGUGCCUUCAGAAACGGCCAGAAAUGGGGAUUUCGGAGGAGGAAGCGCCAAAUGCUCUUCUAGAAGGGCGAGGCUCUGAGUGGGAAAGGUCUGGCCUACAUCUCCUCCUGUCUACACUGCUCCAUGCAUGCCCCGAAGCAUUCCUGAAUGAUGAGACAGAAUGUGUUUUCCUUGGCCAUUCAAAGCCCCCAUUUUCAGAGCAAACAGAAUCCAAGAAAAUGUCUUCACAGGUACAAAGUACCUCAACUGAUCUGCAGAUAACACUGGGGUUACUGGCUCUACCAGCUUUGGAAGGAGCAAAUCCUGGAUGCCAUAGUUAAGGUACAAGCAGAACAACAAAAAGAGUGAGAUUGAUUUUGAAAGCUGUCUUAGAGGGGCGCCUGGGUAGCUCAGUCAGUUAGGCGGCCAACUUCGGCCCAGGUCAUGAUCUCGGGUUGGAGACCCUCGUUGUGCUCUGUGCUGGCAGCUCGGAGCCUGGAGCCCGCU